AUGGAAAAUUCAUAUGUGAUAGAUAAUGGAGGUUAUUAUUGCAGGAUUGGGCGAUCGGGAGAAGAUGAUUGUGAAUACAAAUGUAGAUCCAUUGUUUCACUUGAUGAUCAUCAAGUAGUUGUGGGUUCUGAUCAUGGCAAUGAUGAUAAUUAUGUGAGUCCGAUGGAGAGAGGAAUUGUUUUAGAUUGGGAACGAAUGGAAACAGUUUGGAAUCAUGCUUAUCAAGCUGUUAGUUGUAAUCCAUCAGAUUCUGCUGUUUUACUGACUGAAACCAUAUUAAAUCCAAAAUCGAAUAGAGAAAGAAUGGUGGAGGUUCUAUUUGAAUCGUUUCAAGUUCCCUAUACACAAUUUGUUUGGGAAGGUUUAUUGAACAUUUAUGCAUCUGGGAGAGGAAGUGCUUUGUCUAUUAUGUGCGGAGAUGGUACUUGUCAUGCUUUGCCAAUUAAUGAGGGUUAUUUGAUGACAAGAGGAUUGUAUAGAAGUGAUUUUGGAGGAAGUGAUAUCACACUCUAUCUUAUGAAGUUAUUGAAAGAGAGUGGAAAGUUGAAUUUCAAUAAGAAAAUUGUAAAUAAUAUUAAGGAAAAAUUGUGUAAUUGUAAGGGAGAUUCCAGUGAUAAGAUUUAUGAUUUACCUGGUGGUGGAACAGUCGAAAUUGGUGAUGAAUCUGUUAGGGCAGCUAAUUUAUUGUUUGAUCCAAGCCCUAUUUGUGGAGAUGAAUUAUCUAUACCUGAUAUGAUACUAAAAUCUGCUCUCAGUGCUGAGAUUGACCAAAGAUAUUUGUUUGUUAACAACACUGUUCUGGGUGGAGGAAGCUCACUAAUGGCAGGAUUUGAUGCAAAAUUGCAAGAACAAAUGAAAGAAAAAUGGGCAAUUGCAGCUCCAACACUUAAAAGUAGAGUGAUAACACCACCUGAUCGUGAAAAGAGUGUAUGGAUUGGAGGAUCAAUAUUAACUUCAUUAUCGACAUUCCACCAAAAAUGGAUUUCGCAUAAGGAUUUCUCAGAUUUUGGCCCUUCCAUAGUUUACAGAAAGUUAAGUGCAUCUUAG